UACAUUUAGAAACUUACUUACUUAAAAACCUUCCCCUUCAAAAUCAGAGCCAAAAGCAAAACCCUUCAUGUGAAAAUGAGUUUUAUUUGCAUGAUACUGAAAUAUUUCGAACUUGCUCUCGUUUUGAAACGGUGCGACCGACCCCUUGGAUGACCAUAAAGUGAGCCGGUCUGUUUCGGUAUUUGCCUCGCUCCAAACAUUAAUUUUGAGUAAAGCUCUGUUGCCUUUUUCACAGUCCUCCGCUAAAGUCACGGAUUAUGGGUGACGUCACUACAGUCUUCGUUGUAGAAACAUAUCACAUUUUCCUGUGGACCAAUGACAGUGACUUCUUAAAAGACAUGUGGCCGCACGUUGUUAGGGCAGUUGACUGGUUGAUUAACAUGGGAACAAAUGGCACUGGUUUACCUUACAGACAGCAGUGCACGUAUGAUAUGCUUGAUCUGAAUAUCUAUGAUCACACUACUUUUAACAGUUUUAUGUAUAUACUGGCUUUACGCGUGGCGCAGGAGUUGUGUAAAAUUAUGGAUGACUCGGAUUUGCUGAAAGAGGUUAAUAUCGCGAAAGAAUAUGCCAGCCAUCGGAUCUUCAAGGAACUGUGGAGUGAAGACGAUGGUUAUUAUCAUGCCUGGUGGGAUGCAGAGCAAGGUUCACCAAAAUGGCUGAUGAGUGAUUCACUGUACGCUCAGGUUUGGGCCUACACUCUGGGGUUAGGACACUUGGAUGAUCCAAGCAGGUAAGGAUGGAAUAUUCUUCAUGGUUAGUUAAGCUACCCUAAUCUACUGUAGUUCGUCAGUCUGUGUACACCGCUUCCUUUUCUUUUUAAACAACAGCACCGAGAUCUGAAUAAUUCUUCAUGCCAGACGAAAGCGUUUUACUAUUUAUUCAAAACAUUUCCAAACUCAAAACUAACCUCUAUGUAAAGUUCCUGUUUUCAAAAUAUUUGCUUGAUCCUGGCCUUGUCAGUUUCAGGAUAUGAAGGGGUAAAUUUUUGUAAAAGAUAUUCUUCAUAUCGCAGUUAUCAUUCGUCGAAUGAUAUUUUAUCUAUCCUCACUAUAUUUUGGAUAUUACUGUUCAUAAUGUAAUGUAGACCUUGCGCAUUCCAUUAUUUUUCUUCAAAGUUAGUGGGCGAAGUAAAAGCCGCGAAAUGCGAGAACGAUGGCCCGCGCACCCUCCGCGUCUCUUCCGGUCGUAAGAAGCUAGAGCGUUGAAACGCUCAUACGCGCUCUCUGGUUCGGCUGUGAUGCGGAGUAGGGCUGGAACUAGUUCGCUUUCCGUCCUCGAUCCGUUGUCAGGGCAAGAAAAUGGCGCCGUCUAGCUGGAGGUAGGUUCGGAUUUAUUACUUUAUAUCUUUAGAUCGCUGCAAUCAAUAAUUAGAUUUGAUAUUUGGUGUAUUUCUAUGCGAUAUACAGAAAAUAUUUCGGUGAUAUUCUAUCGUUAGUCUUAUAAGUUAAGGUGUUUUUUUGCCUUUUUUGUUUAUGUAGUGUCAAAAUGGCCUAUCGAAUAUUAGAGGUUGAAGGUCGCGUUUUAUCUUGCCAGUCAAAACCAAAUGAUAAUAAACGGCUACAAAAAAAACAUGUAAUGGUUUAUAAAUGUUGUUUGUGCAUGCAAAUUUUUAGCGUGAACUUUUAUGAACCUUAAGUUUAAGGUUUUUUUACUUCUGAAGUGACGACUUCAUAAUGGCGAUAGCAAGGUUUUUGUUUUGCACGUUGGCGUUUAGCUUGUUAAUAAAAUAAAAGAUUUCAGUUUCCCAAUUUAGCCAUUUUCUUUUUUUAAUAUACACUAAGAUGGUAAACAAUUUUUUUUUAGUUACAGAACUGCGAUCCAAGAAGGUUCUGACUAUUUUGAAAGUUCUACUAGAAAAUUACAUUCGAAUGAUUUCGUGUGACAGUCGUUACAUAAACAAUAACAAAUUCUGCUUUACUGCGGUAUAAAUCUAAAGGUUGUAUUACACAGAAACAGAAUGACGCCUAUGGAGAAAUUUGCUUUCAAAUCCCCUCUAAGAUUCUACUGUAAAAUUAAAUCAUAGAAUGUGUUUGUUAUUAUGAUUUUUUGCAGGACAAAAGUGAGUGCUCGACCUGAAAAGACUACUAGAAUACAGACUGAAAAAUAAACGAGUUCAUAAUACCGUGAAUAUGAAGAAGAACAUGAAGAGGUCUUAAAUUAAGACUGUGUAGUAUUGUAUUUUUGUCGUCAUAGGCUUAAGUGUGGUGGUGCACAAACUACAGUCAGCUCUCAGGUGGAAACUAUUGGGACUGGCACAAAAUGUCUGGAUCAAUGGACAGGUGUAACUCUUGUAACCAAGAAUGAAACUGAAUAUACAAGUGUGCUAGGGUUGCUGGUCACGCUAAAAAGUUUGUUUUUCAAUGGUUUAUUAAUAGCUGUUACAGGCCAUUUAUAUUUCAUUUGUGCAAAAUUCUGUAUAAUUUUUUUGUUUGCAAUAUACUCAGGUUGAAUUAGUAUGCUAUAUAAAUGUUUUAUGUUGUAUCUCUAAGAUAUAUAUAUAGCAAUGUCUGGUUUCAAAAGACUAGUGAAUGUUUAGUUUCUUUUAAGUUCCUUAGUAUGUCUUGCAUGGGUCGUUUUCAGUGACCAUUUCAUUACAAAAAGCUGUUAUUAUCAAACAAAAAUAUUUGCUGGGCUACUUAUUUGUGUUCUUGCGACCUCUUUGUUAUUUUUUCAAGGGCAGUGAGUUAUAUUUUUUUCAUAUACUUAUUCUUCAUUGCACAGUAUAGAAUUACCGUACAAGAUAAGAAAUAAGGAUAAUUUUAUUAUAUUUUAAAUUUACCCGGACUUAAGUUUUCACAAUCUGUUCAACUGUAAUGCUCAAUAUUGGAGAUAGCUCAAUAAGGUGUUUAGACAAGAAUAAGGCUGAUGUACACCAACAAAUCCAAACUUUAAUAGUGAAAACAGAUCAUCUGGCCUUGAAACUGGGUAGCAAAAAAUAAAUGCCAUAGCAGAUGAUGAAUUACACAACUUGAUAUUGAACUGAAGUAGAGAACCGAUAAUAAUAGUCUAAAAAUGAUGUCAGUGCUAUCAUCUGAGUUGUGAUGCCAUUUUCUUACUACGUCACGAAAUUUUAAUACAGGUCACAGAGGUGGAACUAUAUUCAACACAGAUAUUUGUCUGCGGGGGAAAAAUUGAACAAAACAGAAAACUAACGUGAUAAAAAAUAAUUUGUUCCUUCGCUAUUGCUUGCAGCAAGUGAAUACCACGGGAUAAUGGGUAACGUUCGCUGGAUAAUCUCUCUGACGAUCCAGGAUGAUGUCCGCCAUCUUGUUUUGUCUCUUUGGUGGUACCCUGACCCUUGCAUCACAGCUAGAUCGCUCGACCCCGCUCGUUUCAACGCCCUAGCUUCUUACCCCCUGCCUCUUUCUUUACGCAUCACCUGUCGCGUGCGUGGGAAUUUUUUUCUCGGUCGUGUUUCGUUCAGAGAACCUGGAAAACAGAAGGUCAGCUCGUAGUAUAAUGCAGCAAGUCCAAUUUUACUAAAUGUGUUGUGAUUCUGUUUAGGAUUAAAUCACAUCUGAUGAAGGAGUUUGAAAUUAACAAUACCCCGUAUGGUCUACGAGUGAUGGCAACUGACCCACCCACUAACAAGAGCGUGGGCUCAUGUCCCAAGGAUAUUAAAACCCCGGAAUUAAAAGACGGGGUAGCCAAAUACGAGUCGAUUUGGAUGGGUGGCAGCCCAGAUUGGACAGCUCUUCAGCUACAUUUGGGUAAGACUGCUGACACACUAUUUGAACAUGAUAGGUAUUUCAGAAGGUUUUCAGAUGUAUCUAGUAAAGGAAACAAAAAAAACCGAUAAAUGCCAACAGAAAUGGUGUCUUUUACGUUUUAAUAGAUGCAAACUUACAAAUUUUGCAAACGUUCUAUACACGCUUUUAAUAAGUCUGGGCACCAUCUUGAAUUUUCAAUGAAUGACGUCAUUCGCCGUAAGGUCACAUGGCAAAUGGCUACCGAAGAUGAAAGCUCUGUUGACGUUGAUUUUACAGUGCAUUCAUAUAAAAAGGAAUGAUUUUACUUUAUAUUGAGAGGAAUAUUUUCUUUAUACAAUGUCUUUAUGGGUAUGUUAUCGUAACUUUAAAACUUUCGUGCAAAGAUAUUCCUGGAUCGAUGAUAUCGAGGCCAGACGAGAGCUGAUUUAAAUGCAAAAAAAAUGCGAAUUAAAGUUUUGGCUUAAUCGUCGUGGCUUACGUCAACGGACACGAGCUUAACUUCUUCCCAGGUAAUCUUUUUUAGCAAUGGUUUGAUACUUCAUUUUUUAUGCGGGCCUUUAUUAAAAAAGCUGAAAACGAUUAAUUGUUACCGCUCGUGGGAGACUUAGAUUAUCUAUCAGGUAUUAAUAAAAGCUAAUUGAAAGGAUUUUUCAUGUUGCUAUUCUGAUCCUUUCAAAAUGUACGAUAAUUCUAUUUCGAUAAAAAGUUUAUGCUUUUCAUCAUCAGUUUUUAAUGUUAUUAUGUAUAGGUUUUAGGGUAAGAAAGAAUUUGGAUAAAAACGUUUAUACUCCAGUCGACCCUUGCACAGAAUAAUUUUUCACUGUGGGAAGGCGUGGCUCAGUAAUCAAGAAAGCUAUCAGCUCGACUCCUGGUUAGAGAUGUAGCCACUAAAGAGAGCUGGAGCAGGGAUGAAUCAAUUCUUCCAAAGCACUUUACUUACAUUUACAGCGUUAAACAUGCAACGAAAAAAUCAAAAAAACACCCUCGAAAAGGGAUACAAAUUUUUAUUUGAAAAUGACUGUCACGACAAUUAUUGCAGGCUUAUAUGGACAAUUGAUGCAGAGGGGAAUGCUUUAAAUCACUGAGAAAGAAUGAAAGGCCUCACAAUGUUAACAGUUGUGAUAAAUACUCUUGUACAGCAGGAGGAAAUGGUUACUGUAAUCACAUGUUUUUAUUAUAUAAGUAUUUGAAUUCACUGAAUUCCCAAGAACUGGAAUGAGCACAACUCAAAACAGUAGCACAAAGUAACCAAGAACCUAGGGUACGAACCCUAAUAUAAUGCAUACAAGGUAUGCAUAUAAUGUCAACAAUCCUAAUUACAGGGAGAAAUGUAGAGGGAGAAAUGAGGGCUUUAAGGUGUCUCUUGUAUGCAGCCAAGCAACAUACCGUCCAAAAUAAAGAGAGGGCAAAUUAGUUCUUUCAUUCACUUAAGACAAUUAACUGUCCUGUAAUAGUUUCAACUAAAUUAACUGGUCACAGGGUUCCACGGGUAGUGAGUUAAACAUCUCUCUCUCUCUCUAAUGGAGGCAAACUUCAGUGUUAUGACAGCUAUAAGUAUUCCAGUUUGCCAAGACCUAGAGCUGUUGAUGGCUCCUUUCCUGAAUUCCCAAUUGACACUAACACACCAGCUUGAGUGGGAUUGCAAAUACCCCUUUUUAGGAGGACCAUUUUAUAAGUUGUUUACAAAUUCCUAAUCCACCCUUAAUUGAGAAUCAAAAGGUUAGAGCAAAAAUACGUUGUGGUUUCAAAGUAAAAGGUUCAAGUCAACUAGCUGUAAUGGACUGAAAUGGAAACUCAACAUCUCUCACUGCAAACAAGCUUUGUUCAAAAUACUCUCGUGUCACAGAAUGAUGUUUUUAAUAAUCUUGAAUGGCAAAUUGGUCUUAAGCAGCAACUAAAUAUGCUGAGUACAUGAAAAAUAUUGGUUUAGCAUUAUAUUUAUAUGUACAUAUACAUUCAUCAGGGGCACCCAACGACAAUUUUCGGAAAAAUAUCUGUUCGGAAGACGAUUUGAGAUCUAGAAUUUUCGGAACAUUUGUUGUAAAAUUUCUUGCUUGCCUGCCUCUCCUAGGAUUUUCGAACAUCUAAGAAAUGGUAAAAUUGCCCAUUUUCAACGGAUUUUUACCCUAAAAAGGUCACCUAGAAUUUUCGGGAGCCUUUUUUCUGGCUGAAAUUUUCGAACAGGUAAGUUUUGAUCCCUAUAAUUUUCGGAUCACUAGACUUUCAGCUAGGAAAUCCGAACAGAUGAAUUAUUUAUAGGGGAUGAAAAUAUGCCCAUGUCCACCGUUUAAAUACUAAAACACGUUUAACAAUGCUAUGUUUAAGUGGUUUUGAACUAUAUUCUCGUUGGGUGCCCCUGAUUCAUAUUCAGGGCUUAAGAGUGUGGUGUUGUCAUAUCAAGCACAAUGUCAUGGUUGGCUGCUUUACCAUACAGAAGGGUGACAGAUAAUAAAUAUCAAGUUAUGGUUUAUUAGAAAUCAAAUGCCCUUUUACAUUAUGAAACUUGACAACUGAGAGGGCAUGUUCUGAUCCAAGGUUUUAUUGUCACAUAGUUAAUGGUAAGCCUGAGCUCAAAAGGGUCCGCCUUUUCCAGGGUCAUUUGGGUUGGGCGGGAUUAAAGUGGUGCUGUCUUCAAUAUGCUUAAAAAAAGACUGGUUACAUUUCACAUAAUAUUUAGCAGUUUUUUACCUUCUAACUUUAGUGCUAAAAUUUUAGAUUCUAGUUCAGAAAUUUCAGCGUCGGAUUCGGGUAAGCUGUGUCGCUCAGCAUCAUUUGGCUCAACACACACCUCACUCCAGUAGUAUUUACCAUAUUUUGUUUCCCUCGAAUCAGAGUCCUGUUUAACUUUAUCUUAUUUUGGAUCUUAGGGAUAAGGUAUGGCAUGUGUACAGGGCAUUUAAGGGACGGUUCAUUAUUUAUGGGAAUGACCGGGUCGGGAGAAAACCGAACGGGCUUCGAAAAUUUUUCUUGCCGUGGCGACGGGCUUUGUGUUUUUUUCUUGAACAAAGAGACCGGGCUUUAAAAAAAUCAACAUAAACUAAAACUGUGGUGGAAACGCGGCAGUCGUUUGAUGAGAACAACACAUGGAAACUGUAUUCGUCGUUGAAAAUUCACCCGGUAAAUUGUGGUACUUUCAUAACAAAUAAAUAUUGCUACAAUAUUUUUGGUAAUGCAGGGAUAUACCCGCAAGAAAAAGCUCGCGCUUUGCGAUCGAACACUCGAGAAUUUUGACAGGCCACGGAAUGACACAAAUGUACUUUGUGAGCUGCUCUUUUAUAGUUGUUUAUAUUCCUUGACAUUUCAGAGCUUGUAAUCAAAUUAGAAUUUCAAACAGUGAUGCAUGGACAAGGAUUUUACUCAAAGUGAACUCCAACGGUUGGAAUAUUAAAUCUUCGGACUCCGCCAGACUGUACACAAGAAAACAAGAUGUUUUGAUCGAGGAUCUCAAGUUGCAACUCCUACUGAAUUGAAAAUAUUUUUUUCUGCACGCACCACAGUGCUCUCCUUGCCGAAAAAAAUGAAGCUGACAACUUUUUUUUCAACAGAGUGAUCUUAAGGAAUACCAAUCUGCGACUCAGAAUAAGAAAUCGUGUGUCCCUGGAAGUGCGUACAUUAAAAAAAUUCUACCAUUCAUCGAUUCCCAUUACAAAAUUGAUGAGCUCUUUAUGGAAUACUUGUACGGUGACUGUUUUACAGUCAUCACUGAACGUUGUUCAUUUUGUUCUAACAAAGGAUGGACAAGUCUAGUGCCCAUGAAACGUAUUCCCUGGCCUGUGCCAGAUCCUGAAAAUCCUACCCAUUUUAAAUCGGUCAAUGACACACCAACUACCACUGACAGAAAACGGGCAGCCUCGAGUGCCCGAUGAUUUUCAGCCACGUGCAAACAUAAAGAAAAUGUUUAGUGACGGCAUGUUAACAACGGAAGAAGAGCAGUUUUCGGAGAAAUUUGCCGUGGAGCCGCACUUGAUCAAGGCAUACAUUGCCCAUUUAGAAGAUCUUAAAAUACAAAGCGGCAUUAGAACAGAGGGGCGCGCAGAACAAAAGCGUAAAAUGAUGUCCAAAACGUUUGAAGAAUAUGCCUGGCGCGAUCUCGUAGAGUCUGGAGAUUUAAAAAAGUUGCUUGUAUCUGAGCUGAAUAAGUACCUUAAACAUUACAAACUCGUAAGCAGCGGCACCAAAGCUGAAAAGAUACGGAGAGUCUCGUUGCAUGUGCUUCGCGGGAACCAUGGUCAACAGGAAGAUACGAAUGAGUUUACUGACGAGGAGACGAAGGAAUGUGGAACGGAAGAUGACAGCGAGGAAAUUGACAGCUCAGGGGACGAUGAAAGUGAGGAGGAUAUUGUCCUUGCAGAAUUGUUAAGUGGGCCAGACCCGGGGGCCAGACCCAGACCAAGACACGAUCGCGACUUCAUCACGCGAACGGGAACGUUAUAGCAUCGAUGAAAGUGAAAAGAUAUGGUUUGUCUUUCAAAGCGAUUCAGAUGAAGAGGAAUUUAUAUGGUUUUGAUUGAGUUUGCAAACAGUUGACUUUUUAAAAAAAUUAAUUCGGGUCGCUAUAACAGAACCUAAUAUGAAACACUACAGUAUAAAUCCGUUUCAUUUUUUCAUGCUCUGUGGACAUUAGUUACCAGUCUUCCCAUGUCUUGCUGCUGCAACAGAGACCUGGAACAAAGUUUUAAAUUUCCUCGUGAACGUCUGGCGAACGUGUUUAAAAACAUGUUUGUGGAAACUUAUUCCUUCAACAAAAUGUCGAAAACUUUUAAGGGAAACGUUACUCCACAAGAAGUUCUAUUUGGAGAAGUUGGAAAACUCCAAACGCUUCUUGCAAGUCAUUUAAUACGAACGGUUAUAUAUCCGUGUUCAAAGCUAUAUUAGAGACCUUUAGCAUCAGGUAAACCGCAAACCUCAAACCGCAAACCGCAGUUACGCGUUUGCAGUUUCGCGUUGCCGAGAUCUCAAACUUUAGCAAGGCGUUCAGUUCGAUUUGUUCAGUUCAGUUCAGUUCACUUGUAUUUCGCCAAAAUACAAUACAAUACAAGAAUACAUAUAGGAAUUGUAAGGUUGCAAGGGAGCCCAGAAGAAACCAGAAGGCUUUAUGAAGCCUGAGCUCCCCAGUCUAAAAGUAAUAAACAAAAUAAAAAGAUAUUCGCGGAGUGAUACGUUAAAAAAAGGAACCAGACCGAGACUGAGUUAAGUUAUGAAUUUAGUAACAAGAUAGAAAAAAAUAUUAACUCUGGAUUGGAACAGAAUACUUUCUAUUGCUAGUACGGCAGAAAGCAAUAUAAAAUUGAUUUGAACUACGCGUUCAUUGUUUAUGGCCGCCAUGUUGUUUUCAUCAAGUCGAAGUACAUCACUUUAGUCGCCCAAAAAUCAGCAAUAAUUCAUUGAUUCGAGAUCAAAAAUCCAACAAACACAUCGCAAACGGAUACAAAAAGCUAGUUCAUACCUUUAAACAGGAGGCUGUACAAUUUUUUGUGGCAAAAAACCUUGCCGUAAAUCACUUACCGCUGGAAGCCCUUCCUGCGGUUCAAACGUGAACUGCAAACUGCAAACGUGACCGCAAGGCCGUGGUCACGUGACAUUUUGUGGUUUGCGGUUUGCCGUUUCCCACGAAAAACCUGAUGCUAAAGGUCCCUAUUUAGGACUUUUUCACUUAUUUGGCAAAUGAUGAAAUGCCUCAAGCUGGAUGGCAUUUGUUAACGUGCACUUUUCACAGAUGUUAAUAAAUUAUUGUUUGUAAUCGCUGAACUCGUUUGAUAGCCGUUUGCUGACUCGAACGGCGAACAGCUGUGUAUUUGAUCCGAACAUGCACUAGUUGCUCUAGUCGUAAAUAAACAUUGAAUGAUUUUCACAAGGUACUCACUUCAAUUUGAACGGGCUUUGAAAAAUUUGACCCCAAAUACUGAACGGGCUACGAAAAAACAAAAUGCCUUUUGGGCGGGCUUUAGAAAGAAAGAGGAAAGCUAUUAUUUUUUUGCCGACCCGGUCAUCCUCAUAAAUAAUGAACCGUCCCUAAACACCGAUUGAGGGGAGGCUGCACGUUUUCAAAAGCUACCGACCGCUAUUAAAAGACAAUACAAUACAAUACUUCCGAAGUCAUUAUCCCCAAAAUAAAAAGAACAGACGAUUGUAUGUUUCUGCCCCAAGCAAAAAAGCAGUAUUUGAGAGAUGAAUAUAGAAGUACGAGUUAGAACACACACACAAAAAGACAAAGUUACACACCUUUACGGUCCAGUACUCCUCCCUUUUAAUUCGCUGCAGCCGUGCUAGCUUUUAAUACAUGCUGAUCGCUUGGAUAUCUUAUGUCACAUUUCCUAGUGUUGCGUUUGUUAUCGAAUAUGAAAUCCCCGUGUGACUUGCAAAGACAUACCGCACAACUGCGAUUACUUUAGCCUGGGAAAAGGAUUUGCUGGUAUUUGUUAAUGUUUAUAAAGGAAAGGAGUGGAAUAAGGCGAUUCAUAAUGGCUUGACUUUGCCUCUCGUCCUGAUAUGGUACUGUCACGCGAGUCAACACUCAAAGCCUUUGAGAAUGGCGGCUGAAGUCUUUCCGCGAAUGACAUCAUAAAUUAAAAAUUCAAGAUAGCGCCUAGACUUAUUAAAAGCGUGUUUCACGUUUAUGAUGGGUAGUAAUGAUGAUGAUGAUGAUGAUGAUCGACCAGAGUGAAGGUGUUAAACAAUGUAAAUAGAUAUAAAGUGACGCCUAAUUCGUUAGACAGAUCUUUGCUCUUAUGUUAUUAAUUUUCCUUUUCAGGCUUUGACCCUCAAAAAGCCUUGCAGCAAACAGAGCAAGCCAUCGAGCAUGUGCGUUCUAACCUCAACGAUGAGUGGAACUUUCAUGGACUAUACUCGGGGACUGGGUACGGACUUGACGGUCUCCCAUGGGCCACCUCGCAUUAUGCCUUCCACAUGGUGCUGUGGCACAUCCCUUUUGCACUUUCGGGGCAGGCCUUCUCGGCGCCAAAUGCCACACUUUCAUUCGACCCUAAAUUUCCUUGUCCAUACACAGUUCCUUUCUACACUCCUUUCGCCAUAGGAACUUUAAAAUGCGCUCUUGUCGAGAAAAACCAUAACCAUCAACAGACAAAUAAGUUUGAAAUUUUGUCCACCUCGGGUGACAUAUUUCUGCAACAACUUGAGGUCAGCGGCAGUCGGUAUCCGACCAAAGUUAUGCUUAAACAAGGCAAUCCAGUCACUUGGAUGUCGACCUGUGACUAA